AUGCCAGAUGGAGAUUCAGCAAAUGACGCCAUUCAACUAGAUUCCCCGUCGUCAUCUCCAACGGCUUUUGAGUAUUUAGGAUUCGAGUAUCUCUUACACUUUGAGCACGAGUGGAACGAGCUAGAGAACUGGAGCGAGCACAUAUACAUCAAAUCUCAAGACGAAUUCUACGCCCCGGCUUUCGAGAAACGUGUUCAAGACAUGAUUCAGGAGCACUAUAAUUCACCUUCUCUCCAGCCCCAAACAGACCCGAAUGUUGAAAUUAUUCGCAUCAGCGUGUUCCCAAAAUAUAACGAGAAGAUUAUUGAAGCAAGGUCAGGGAGUGCUUUUCCAAAAAGGGAGAUCAUCUUGAUUAUCCCGGAUCCUACACAAUUGGGUCAUAAAGAGAUUGACCUACAAGAUUCGUCUACCACUCGUAUUUUUGUCUCAUUCACACGGGGUACAGGCGAGAGCUCUGAAGAUAGCAGUCGUGCAAAGCGGUUCUUUUCAACUCUUCAUGUGUAG